UUAGACUAAAAUGGGCAAUAGCUGUUUCGAUUCGAAAGGAUCAAAGCCUGACUUGAGGGAUAACAAGACAGAAAGAGAUACGAAGGUUGUACAAAAGCAAGAGGUGAUACCUCCGAAGCCUGUGGUUGGAGCUCUUAAUGAAGCACUUCAAAAAGAACAACUUCAAAAAUCUCCCACUUCGAAAAGAUCAGAAAUAUACGGGAGUCAAAGGCUCUCAAAUCAGUCGUUGGCAGCAUUUGCAAGGAGGAAAAAUCAGAAUCCAAAAGAUAAAGAUGAUUACAACAAUGUGCAGCUAUAUUUAAGCACAAGUGGAGAUUCAAAAGCUGGGCUUUCAUUUAGACCUAAGGAUGGAAGUGUAUACCAAUGUACUAGAGAUCAGAGGCUAGCGACUUUUCUAAACCAAACGCAAGCAGGUCAGUUUAGGGACUCGACCAACACUUCUAAAGAUGUGAAGUAUUAUGAAAAUAGUUUCUCAAAAUCAAAGUCUGGAGUCCUGUCUUCAGAAUCCCCUUGUGAAAACAUUAUUUUAACAGAAGAAGAGAAACUCCAUUUUUAGUUAUUUUAUUAUCGAUUGUCAACCAACUCUA